AUGUUUGUCGAAGGGUUGGUCGUGGUGGUGGUGCUUCUCAUCUGCUGGUAUGUGAACUUCCGUCCACGCUCUACAAAUCAGCUGCGGCCCUCUUAUCAAAGCCAUCACUCAUUGUCCAGCCUUCCUGCCGGUGAUUAUGUUGUCAUUGGCGGAGGGGCUGCGGGGCUUGCCGCUGCGGCGGAGUUGCUGCGUCGCACCAACGAAACAUGCCACAUCGUCCUGAUCGAGAGUGGGGGGGACCCGCAGCCAGCGUCUUCAGCAGCCCUCCUCUUUGAAGCCGGGCGACGCGACCGAUUGCUGUCCUUUGCGCCGGACCUUGUACGGGUGCCACCGGAGGUGCGGCUGAAGGGAAUGCACCCCGCCUUCCUGGGCGGCACGCCUGAUGAAGGAUACCUCGCUCAGCGCCCAUGGCACUUCUUCCAGGCGGAGGAGGCCCUUGUGGCGGCCCCCGCGGGGGCGGGCGACACAACGUUGGGUGCAGCGGCACCAAAGGCGAAUCGAUAUUCGCUCCUCCAGUACGCGCCCUACCCUCGUGGAGUCGGACUGGGCGGCACAGCGCAGUUGGAUUGGGGCAUGCAUGUGAACUCUCUCUGGCCGGUCACGGACGAGGCAGUGCCGGCUGCCGAAAACGCAUCGUCCCGCACGGCGCAGAGCAGCAGUGAAUCAUUGCCACAGUGGACUCGGUUGCCUGUGCGCUUCCCAGCCGUCCGCAAUCCUCUCUCCUGGGCCUUUGCUGAAGCCGUCAAGGCCCUCAAGCUGGCCGCCCCAUACCUGCCCACUACCUCUGUGCCUGUCAAGCGGGGCGUUGUGUUUAUUUGCUACUUGUACCUCGACGAAGAUGGCAGGCGGCUGGCAUUGCCUUCCGCUCUGCUGGGCGAUAUUGCACCAGACGCACUGCACCGGCGACUAAGCGUGCUGACAGGGUACACGGCAGUAGACGUCGACGUGGCGACGCAGGAUGGCGGCGAAUCGGAAGAGCGUGGAGUGCGUGUGACAGGUGUACAAGUGCGCCCCAGCUGCGACGACGCAGGCGCAAUCGUCUCCAUCCCUGUCGGAAAGGGCGUAGUCGUUGCGGCCGGCGCUCUGCACAGCCCGCGCCUGCUACACAGGGUAGCUAAACACCCUGCUCUGCGCGUGCAGCCGCCACCGUCUACAGUCUCUGUGCGCGAUGCGCUGGCGCUGCCGCUCAUUUUCUCCGCGGUGCCAGCAGUGUCGGCUGACAGCUUCAAUGCGCGAGAUGCGGGGUCGACUGCGAUGUGGUGGCUCACCCAGCGAGGCCCGUACUUGACACCGCUGUGCGACACUCUCUUGUCGCUACCGCUACCGCGCAUCGCCCCGCAGGCGGAGCUGCGCGUUGUGCUCUUUCCCUUUGGCGGGCGCGAUGCCGCACGCUUCAAGGGCAUGGGAUGGGACACCGUGCUCGGAACUCCGCUACAGGCCUUCACAAUGCUUCUCAUUGUCCAUGGUAUUGAUGGAUUGGAGCACGCGCUGGCGCUGGAUACAAAGGCGUCACCACCUGGUGCAGCGCAUGCCCGCGCGCUCUGUUCUCACCAGGCUGUCUGCCCUUUGUCUGAGGAGGUGCACCACCAGGUCCAAAACGCAUUCCUUACAGGCAUCAAGGAGUGCCGCCGCCUCAGCAAAACCCCACCGCUGGCGAACUUAACGUUGGAACCGGGAGUUGAAUCGACUGACUUUACUCUCCUCGUCGCCAGUGACGAAGCAAAGGCUGUUCGACUUGCGCAGCUUUCUCGACUACCGCCGUCGAAGCUCUCGGCCCGUGGGAAGGCGGAGCUGAAAGAACUGCGCGAGUGGUCGCACCCCAUCACGGCGACGGAGACGUACAUGCGCCGCUACGUGGACGCACAUGCAUAUUGGCUUGGCUUUGCCAGUGGUAGCAGCGAGACCUUUUUGGUCUCAUCGUCGUCUGCGUCCUGCUCGUCGCGGGUCGCAGGGCUGCAAAACGUGUUUGUCGGAGACAGCUCCGCAGUUACUACAACGCAGUGGUCCUGUGUGGGAAAGCGCGAUACACUCGCGGCGGGUAGCCGUAGCACCAGCAUGGAUGCCGGAGUACGGGCGGCGACGGAGCUUGUGAAAAGCUGCGGUGAUUGGUAG